AUGGACGAAAGGGCAGUGGCGGCGCUGGAGAGCUUGUACUCAGGGCCGAUUAAGGCCGGAGAGCUGGUCCGAGCACGAGAGAUAUUCGCGUUUCUGCGAGGCAAUGGACAGGGAGCGGUUCUCAGGGAUGUGCCUAUGGUGAACGGCAAGCUGCUUGACCUGGUGGCGCUACUGGAGACUAUUACCAAGCGCGGGGGUGUACGCCGGGUACAGGACAAGGGCCUAUGGGAUGAGGUUACGUCGGAGCUUGGGCUGGAUUCUGGUCAGCAGACCUUGUUCACGAUUUCGGUGCACUACAAAAACUUCCUCUACGGUUUCGAACAGGCAAGGCACGCCGGCGUGGGCACGCAGCGGUACGAGCAGCACGGGCACUACCAGCGGCAGAUGAGGCAGAGGGAGCUGGAACAGCAGCUGGCCAGAGCGCUUGGCUCCGGCUCUGCGACGGAGGUGUGCGAGGCGGUGAACACGCUGACUCUCGAGACCUACGGUACAGCGGAGGAGGAGCUUGUGCUCGACCAUGUGCCGGGAUUGCUGGACGCAAUCUUCGACCUCAUGGACAAGCUCAACCCCGCCAUCGCUCAGUGCGGGUAUGGUGGAGGUAGGGAGCUCGGACGAAGAACAAUUCUUUAA